UUAGGAAAUACUGUACGUGAAUGACAUAGAGGCAUUGCUGGAGAUAUACGCCAGGCCUCAUACAGCCACGUCAAUGUGAAUGCCAGAGCUAUGGCGACUGAAAAACCAUAAACUAUAAAACGUUGCCGGCCAUUAAGUGGUUAACACGGGCAAUUCCAGAACCGUUACUGGACGAGUGUUGAGCGGUGACAGCCGGUGAGCCGGAGGAAUGUGGAGACGUCACCGCUCCUAUGGCAGUCUGUGACGUAACGCUUCACGCCGGGGAAGAAGUGGCAGCGGUGAGCGGACGAGGAGAAGGGGCGGGGCGACGGGGAUUCCGCGGGCAGCCAAUCAGCUCGCAAGGCGCACAUCGUCACGGCUCAGGCUGUGGAACCCGGGGAAAGAGAACGAGCGUUCUCGAAGUCGGUUCUAGAUCCUCCCCUCACACGCCCAGCGCCCGGUACAGAGGCCAUGGCCCCGGCCUGAGAAUGCUCAAGAUGAAGCUGCCCCAGAGGAAGACCAAGCACAGGGCAUCGGAUGAGGACGGCGAGGGAGAGCGGCUCGGGAUGUGCUCUCGUCCCUGUAGCCUCCGGGAGUGCCCGGCCACCAAUGGAGCCCCCGGGCCGGACCCGCUCCAGCGGGAGGCGGUGUAUGAGUGGUUUGUGCGGACGCUGGGCCCGGCACAGAGGCUGGAGUUUGCCUGCGGGCUGCUGGACUUGUGUAACCCGUUGGAGCUGCGCUUCCUGGGCUCCUGCCUGGAGGACCUGGCCCGCAAGGACUGCCACUAUCUGCGGGACUACGAGAGCAGGGCCAACAGCCUGGCCGGGGAGCUGCUGGUGGACCCCAGGGACCCUGUCAUCCGCUCCCGCCUUAUCGUCUACCUGGCGCUGCUCAGCUCCGAGAACCGGGAGGUCGCUGGCCGCCUGUACCGCCUUCUGCCCACCAUGGAGACCCUGGCGGGCUGGGAGCGGGGCGACGAAGAACGGGAGCCCGGGGAGGAGCUGCUGCUUCUGCUCACCAUGGCGUCCCUGCACCCGGCCUUCUCCUUCCAUCAGCGGGUCACCCUGCGGGAGCGCCUGGAGGGGCUGCGGGAAGCUCUGGAGAAGAAUGUUCAUGAAUAUUUACCCAACAGUGAUGGCCAAGUCCUCGAUGGCACUAUAGGUACUCACAAUGGAGUUGGAGUGACUGCUCACAGUCUACAGCAAGAAGCUGUGCAUAUUGAGCAUAUAAAUAUUAAACAUGUACAAAGGAGAAGAGUUGACAAGAAUUCAGACUAUACAUUUGAGGUGAACUGGUCUGAUAACUCAAGAACGUCUGUGACAAAAUCGUAUGGGGAGCUGCUGGAAUUUCUUUUAAUGCUUCCAAAAGAGCUCUCCAAUGAAAAUCUUGAUAAAACUAUUUUAGAAGCCUUACAGCUAGGGAAACACAGAGAAGAGCCUCCCUAUUGUGACUUGGAGCCUAUCGUAAAGCAAAUCUUUUCAUCUCCGUCCAAGGCGAUCCUUCAAAAUCAAAAGGUCUACAACUUUUUCCAGAAUAUCCAUACUGGACCUACGCACUCCGGUCAUUUACAACUUUGUGCAAAGUAUUGUAAAAGCCAAGAAGACAGCUCCGAGACAUCAAGUCAAGAGGAAGAUAUUAUGCACCAUACGUCUCUUCAUAAGAAACCUGCUGGCAAAUGUUUGGUCACAAAUUAUAUUGCAACGAAAGCUUCCCCUUGUGAAGUGACUAAUGUGCCACAUGGUGAACAGAAUGGUAAAGACUGGAGUAGAGAGAACUGCACUUCUGACCGUUUAAUCAUUGGACACCAGCAGCGGCCAUUGGAUAAACAGAAUUUCCAUCCAGUAGGACGGGAGACCUCAGAUGGAAAUGCACAGAAAGUGAAUGGCCGUCUAUUAUUCAAAGCAAACGGGGUGACACCAUCUCACAAUUUGAGGCUUUUGACUGGGAAAGACUGCCAGGCUGUUCCCAGACUUAGAGUAGAUGAGUCAUCCGCAGUGAGGGAGAGAGAUGGACAUGACCCCUCCACAAGGCAAGAAGACAAUGCACAUCCAACGUUGGAAGUUGGGUCUGGGCAUGAAACUUGUGGAGAAACCUCUUCGGAGAGUUAUAGUUCCCCGCCUAGUCCUUGCCAUAACAGGAGAGAGAGCUUUGAGAGUGAAGAAGAGAAAGACAGAGAUACAGACAGUAACUCAGAGGACUCCACCAAACAUAUUUUCACAACAUUUGGAGCAGUUAAAGCUUCCACUGCCAAAUUGUCUGAGCACCUUAACAGUGAAGACAGUACUACUGAGACUGUGAACAAUUCUAAGUUCUCACAUUUUCAUAUUUUGCCUACAUUGCAUUGUGUGAUGCCAAGUGGUGCAGAUAAACUGGAACAUGGGCUUCCACCAUCUAUGCCUUCAGAUGGAAAGACUCUUGGUAUGCUUGUUAGUCCCGUAUCCAUGUCCCCUGUGAGAGAAGUGUUUCACCAGAAUUCUCCUGCCAUUGUGACUCCACCCGCAGCUAAUGUUUUAGGAGAAUCCGAAAAAUGCGUUGACUUACUUCCUUCCCCUCUGCCUGUUCCUACUACUUUUCUCCCUCGUAAUUGUCAACCCAGCAGCUCUGCCCUCCAUAUCCCAGUUCAUAGGAUGAAGUUACCUCCUCAGGGGCCAACAGAAAAUUGUACAGUUAAUGGAUCAACACAGACUAAUAUGGGCAUAGGGACUGCCAAUGCUGGUUUUAUGUCAGUUCACAGUCCAAGUGGGUUUACAGCCUCCCCUGUGACUGCUUCAGACCCGCUUAUUAAACCAAUUUCACAAAUAGCAAGUCUUAAUCAGAUUGCACCUCACUUGGAUGGAAAUGCUGGAGCAAUGCCUGCAACUGCAAACCUGAAGUUGAUUCUCCCAGGUGCUAACUUGUCCACAGCACCUUCAGCAGUCCCUUUUCCCCUAUCUGCAUCGGCACUUGCAAGUGGUAUGGCGCCUCCACCAAAUAAUGUGCUGAAUGCUUCUGCAGCUGUUGCUAUGACUCAACCAGCAAGUGGCAGCAUAGGUCAGUUACAGUCUGUCCCUCCAACAGUUCCCACCCAUAGCCCUGGACCAGCACCUAGUUCUAGUCCUGCGUUGACUCACAGUACUGCACAGAGUGAUAGCACUUCCUUCAUUAGUGCUGCGGUUGGUAAUACUAGCACAAAUGGGGCACACCUGCCACCUCAGCAAAUCGGACAAGGGGCGUGUGGAUCCUGUGGACGUCGAUGUGGAUGUGGAAACAGUGGGGGGAUACCUUUCGGGAAUUUCUACUUCCCGAAUCCAAUCACUGGGCAGAUGUAUACAAGAGUUUCUCCCCUUUUUAUUCCAUCACUUUGCAAUAACACCUACCUCAGCCAAGCACACCAGAGCAAUGGAACACAAUUCCCUGUCUUCCUUCAUCAUCAGGCCCCUCCUUAUCCCAAUGGACUGAUACACGAUCCUGUGCUUGGGGGUCAAGCCAACUAUGGCAUGCAACAGAUGGCAAAUUUUCCUAGGCUGUACCCAAUGUACCCAGCAACUAAUGUUGUAGGCAAUGCUAAUGGAUCAGUCACUAAAAAAAAUGGGAAUAUUUCCUGCUAUAACUGUGGGGUAAAUGGCCAUUAUGCACAGGACUGUAAACAACCGCCAAUGGAAGCCAAUCAGCAAGGCACUUUCAGGCUGAGGUAUCUCCCUAAUCCCUCUAAUGAUUCUUUGGAUUCUGCUGACUGACAACAGUCCACAGAAAAAAAAAAAAAAUCAAAAAAAAAAAAAUUCUCCAAGUCCACUUGUUACGGUACAGAAGGUUUGCUGUCCUUUUCAUAAUGGGAGCUAAGCUCCUCACCAUUGCUGCACCAUGGUGAUUGACCCCCUGCUGUGCCAUGGAAAGUGAACCCUGAAAUUGAAGACAGAAUGCAGCCAUAAAGAAGAGCAGCUUAAUAACUUAGUCUGGAUAGUAAGUUCUAAAGGAUCUUGACCAGGAGACUAGAAGAAUUCUUUCUGACCUAAACUAUACAUAAUCCUGAAGACUUGACUGCAGCACUUGCUUUUACUCAUUCGAUGGAUCUGGGGACACUAUGCAAUUCGGUAUCCCCUCUAAGAAUAUGGCUCUAGAUAUUGAAGAGCGUCUUCACUGUAGGUCCAACAACCUCAGUAUAUCUGUUUUAAGUAAUUGGAGGGAAGUGAUGAUCUACAAAAUCCUUUUAUAGUUGCUUGUACAUGAAUGUGUUAGGUGAAAAAAUGCCUAUACAAUUACAGCACUAGUUUUCAAUGUCAAAGAUGACUCCAUUUUACAUAUUUAUUGGGCGGAGAUCCCAAUAGUUGAGUUGACGUGUGACUUGAAAGAUGUAUCACAACGGUUUAUCCCGUUGAUAUUAAAUUUCUCUACAUCUGUUAUCCUGAUCUUUACCCAUAUGUUGUCUGAGAUGUUUCUGCAAUGUUACUUUGCCUAGGAUAUAACCUAUGUUUUAGGUUUCCGUUUAAGCUUGUAGUAUGACUGCUUGUGAAUUUACACAGUGCGUUUGUUAAACCUUCACAGUAAGGUUUUCCAUCGAGACUGAGCAUUAAAGGGGUUAUCCAGGAAAAAACUUUUUUUUAUCAACUGGCUCCAGAAAGUUAAACAGGUUUGUAAAUG